AUGGCCGCGCCCAUCGUGCUGGCUUCAUGCUCACUGGCAGCACCUCUUUUGUCCACGUCUUCAUGGGAGGUUGAUGGUGCAGCAUCCACAGCAUUCGCUGCUGCUCCUCUUUCGAUUGCAUGGAGGUUCUUGACAACCUUCACCAGUCAUCCUCUCUUUGAACAAAGAAUGAUUCAAACAUGUUCAGAAUGUCAACCAUAUUGGACAACAGAGCUAGGGAAGCAUUUCCUCUUUAUGCGUGGAAUCAACUUUAUCGAUCUCACAGGCGAUUAUGAACGUGGUCCUGCCUACAUGUCUUUGAUGUCUGAAGGCGCUCUUGUACCUCAUAAAUCAUUGGCAGGAAAAUUACCCAAAAAAGUCGCUCAUCAUGAUCAGUUGACAGGUUCCAUCUUCAAGAAUAUUUCGGAUGCAGGACCAAGAGCCAAUCUUAAAGAGUUCACCUCUUUCCGUACACGGUAUUAUCGUAGUAGCACAGGUCGUGAAAGUCAAGCUUGGCUACUCAAAACAGUCAGUAAAUUGGCCAAACAACGAUCUGAUUUGAACAUCAGUGUUUCCGAAUGGCCACAUGCAUGGGGACAGAAUAGUAUCAUCCUACACAUUGAUGGUUCAGAUUCUAAAGCCAGUCAAGAGGAAGGUAUCACUAUCGUAGGUGCUCAUCAAGAUUCUACAAAUUUGCUCCCAUUCUUGGCUGCACCCGGAGCAGAUGAUGAUGGAAGUGGAACGGUGACAAUUCUGGAAGCUUUGAGGGCAUUGUUGGCCAAUAAGCACUGGAAGCCAGUCACUGAUGUAGAAUUCCAUUGGUACUCUGCUGAAGAAGGUGGUCUCUUAGGAUCACAAGAGGUUGUUCGUGGGUACGCAGACCGCAAUGCAGUUGUCAAAGGAAUGUUGCAACAAGAUAUGACUGCAUUCGUCAAACAAGGCACAGAAGAACGUGUCGGAUUACCAACUGAUUUUAUUGAUGAAGAUUUACGUCAAUUCGUUCAAUUACUCAUCAAAGAAUAUCUAGAUAUCCCUGCCGUUGAUACAAAGCUUGGAUAUGCAGCUUCUGAUCAUGCUUCUUGGAACAAAGCCGGUUACAGAAGCGUGUUUGCAAUUGAAGCACCUUUUGAUGAUUGCAAUUUACGUAGAAUUCACACCACUUCUGACACUUUCGAUCAUCCCGAAUUCAGUUUCGAUCAUUUGGUCAAAUUUGUCAAACUCACUUCUGCUUUCAUUGUUGAAUUAUCAGGAUGGGAAAAGUGA